AAUCCCCAGACCUUUCCCCUCCCGGCGGCCCCCUCUCUCUUUCUCUCUCUCCUCCAUUCAGAUCCCCGCGAUCGAAGAAGCCAGGCCAGGCCAGGCCAACAAGCGGCCAACCCAACACAGCUGCGCAAGCCACCGCACCAAAUCCCACAGCCCGAGGCCCGAUCCAGCUCCGCACCCCCCGCCGGCUGCUGCGGUUCGCCAGCGCCCCCGCUAUGUCCACCUCCACCGCGUCGUGGUCGCGCUACGGCGCCGUCCCAACCUCCCCCCCUGCGCCGUCGCCGCAGCUCAGGCCGGAGGACGUCGCGGCCGCCGCGGGCGGCGAGGCUGCGCCCUCGUCGUCGGCGGCGGAGGCCGGGGUCGCCUUCUUCUCGCGCGCGCGGGCGUUCGCGGGGGCCGCGGCGGGCCGGCCGCGCGCGUGGCGGGAGGUGCUGGACCCGACGGCGUUCUCGCGCCCGGAGAGCUGCGGGGAGGCCCGCGCGCGGGCGCGACGGAACCUCGCCUACUUCCGCGCCAACUACGCGCUCGCCGCGCUCGUGCUCGUCUUCCUCGGCCUCGUCUACCGCCCGGUCUCCAUGCUCGUGUUCCUGGCGCUCUUCGUCGCCUGGCUGGGGCUCUACUUCGGACGCGGCGACGGGGACCCGCUCGUGUGCCUAGGACGCGAGGUCGACGACCGCGUCGUGCUGGCCGUGCUCUCGGCGGCAACGGUCCUCGCCGUCGCGCUCACCCGCGCGGGGCUCAACCUCCUCGUCUCCCUCGUCGUCGCCGCCGCCGUCAUCGGCGUGCACGCCGCCUUCAGGGUCAACUUCUACCUCGACGAGAGGGACGCCUUCGAUGUCGCCGGCAACUCGUUCACGGAUAGCGCAUACGGCUACGCGCUCCCUAGAUGAUGAUUGAGAUACGGCGGGGCAUUCAGCUGAUGGGGUUGUUGAUUGUGUUCUGCUCUUCUUGAGGCAAGCAGGGGAUUCUUGGUGGUUCUGAUUCAUCCUCGGAUUUUGCAAGGUGUCAUGGGUGCCUGAAUGUUCUUAUCGUUUCGAGGUGUUAUUGACUUCCUCUUCUAGUCUGCAUUCUAUGUAUAGCGAUUUUUGUGCUCAGUUUAAGAGAAUUUUUUUACUUGGUUUUAA